CAACGCACCUCUUGCUUUUUCCUCCAAAGUAUGUUAUAUUAAGUUUCGUGAGGCAUCGAGUGUUGGUGUGGCCCAGCAUCUAACUAACACGGUUUUUAUUGACAGAGCUUUGAUAGUUGUGCCCUGUGCAGAAG